GUUUACCUAGCGUUGUGUGGUCACAUGAUCUGAGGGAGAGUUGAGCUGCUGUUGCUGCUGCUGUCAGACCCCCAGUGAGAAUCAUGGGCAGAUUGGACGGCAAAGUGAUCGUCUUGUCUGCAGCUGCCCAAGGAAUCGGGAGAGCGGCUGCUAUAGCUUUUGCUAAGGAAGGAGCUCAGGUCACAGCUACUGACAUCAAUGCAGAGAAGCUGAAAGAGCUGGACGGCACUCCAGGAAUCAAGACCAGAGUCCUGGAUGUGACCAAUAAGGAGCAGGUGGAGGCGCUGGCUAAGGAGUUUGAGCGAGUGGAUGUGCUGUUUAACGUGGCAGGGUUCGUCCAUCACGGCUCGAUCCUGGACUGCGAAGAGAAGGACUGGGACUUCACCAUGAACCUGAACGUCCGCAGCAUGUACCUGAUGAUCAGGGCCUUCCUGCCCAAGAUGCUGGCCAACAAGUCUGGGAACAUCAUUAACAUGUCAUCUGUGGCAUCUAGCAUUAAAGGUGUUGUGAACAGAUGUGUUUACAGCACAUCUAAAGCUGCCGUGAUUGGACUAACCAAGUCCGUGGCUUCAGAUUUCCUCGAGCAAGGGAUUCGCUGCAACUGCAUCUGCCCUGGGACUGUAGAUACACCAUCAUUGAGGGACAGAAUCCAGGCCAGACCUGACCCAGAGCAGGCGUUUAAGGACUUCAUGGCCAGGCAGAGGACUGGCAGGUUGUGCACUGCAGAGGAAGUGGCUCACCUGUGUGUUUACCUGGCCUCAGAUGAGUCUGCCUUUGUGACUGGAACGGAGCAGGUCAUCGAUGGAGGAUGGAGCCUGUGAACAUUUAGCACACCUAAUGAUACUACAUCCAUUGACCUCAUUAAUUUUGUUUUAUUACACUGAUUUAGACACGUCAAAAAUGUGCCUUGUUGCCAGUUAUUGAAUCACUGUACAAAUCAUCUGUAAAAAAAAGUUUAAGACUAUCACUCAUUCUCUUUAGUCUGUUUAGGAAAAAUUAGGAGUUAUGAAAGAGUAUGGAUGCUGAUUUUGACAUUUUUAACUAAUGCUGUCUUAAAUAGUACUGUUUGUGAAACUAAAUAUGCUGUUUCCUAAAAAGGUAAAAAUGGUAAAAUGAUAAUGAAUUAUGAAGGGGUAAUAAUGCUGAUUUCAGUGGUUAUCUUUGUGGAUCGAGUUAGUUUUGUGAAAAGGGAUGCCUAAUAAACAUUUACAAAUGGC